CACAAAGCCAUGAGGAAAAAACUGUUUUUUCUGCGUCAUAGUACCAUCAUAAGGUAGGUCUGAGUUUUGAUGCGAAGGUUGAGUAGAAACUUCAAAAGACCACGUCCCUUGGAGUAUAUUCCACUAAUUUAGUCAUAACCACCUUUUUAAUUUUUGUAUUUUUCCUGAAUAAUACGACUGGGUUUUAGAAUUCCUGAAUUUCACUUUGAGAAAGUAUUUUCACAUAUACUGAAUUUUGUACAAGUCGUCUGAAUCUGCGCUUUUAUAUUGUUUGCUUUGAUCAUUAAGAUUUCUUGUUCUGGUUAAGAAUUACUGUGUAUAGUAAUCAUUCCUUGCGGUUGAUUCAUCUGGUUUGUUGUAAGGGUAGGAGAAGAGAAUGCUAAAAAAUGAGCUUAGAACAAUGUUACAAUGCAACUCAAUCCUAUGCAAAGGUAGCAUUGCACAAGCAACAAUCUUCAGAUUAUGUGGAAGCAAUUGUGAUGUUUGAAAAAGCCAAAAAAAAUAUACUUGAUAAUCCUAGCUUUCUAUUUUCUAAAGAGAAUUUGGAAGUCCUCAAUCCAGAAGAACGACAGUACGCCGAAGCACUUAUAUGCAUGUUGGAACAGCUAACGACGCAAGUUGAUCAAUUAAGAAACGAGGUUGUGCUGCAAGAAGCUGCACUCCAACAACUUAAAAAGCCUCAAUUCAGUACUUAUUCACCAUACAAGGAAGAAGAAAAGCCGGCGAAGCAUCGGGCUACGGCUAGUCAGGAGAGACGAGAUUCGUCUGCAGGGACCGAACAGUCCAGCAGUGCUAGUUCCUCUAGUCAAACGUCAAUCGCUCCUUCAGUUUCAGCGCACCGUACAUCAUUACGUCCAAUUCCUUCAGAAACAGAGGGUAAUAAAGCACCGAAAGCUUCAAAAUCCUCGAAGAUUAAAAACGCUUUAUUUGGAAGCAAAUUCCUUACGUCACCCAAAACUACCAAUCCUAUAAACCCUCCAUCUGAAGAAUCGCGACGGACGAAUGCGAAUAAAGCCGCCUUACUUGCUUGGGGGCUAUUUUCUCCUUCCAAGCAGAAAGAUCAUCCAUUACCACCUGCCUACAUCGCUUCGAGUGCUGCUUAUAAAUCACAUAAUCCUCAAACUGAAGCUUACCAUGCUUAUCCUCAAGCACGCUCUUUUGAAAGUAUGCGUCCGCAGCAGUCUUCUCGUUUUACUUCUCCGUCAAUCGAUAUGAAGCGUAGAACCAGUGUUCCAAAGCUAAAUCCCUCAGAGACUUUAACAAAUGUGAUUCCAAAGAAUUUUCGUAAAUCUCCAUCUCCUCCAGGUUCUAUUACAGGAAUGCCUUCCCAAUUUUCCUCUUCAAGUUCCAUCUCAAAUACGCUAACAAAAACGGAACCUGCUUCCCUUGAAAUCCCUGAAUUUCGUGUAUCAUCAUCAUCUUCUUCUUUUUUGCGUCCAACCAACUCCAAUAAUCCCUUUCUAAGACAUUUAUUAUCUCCAUCUGAGCUUUCGCUGUCAUCCGUAAAUGAUACUGCGUCUUCCCGUAGUGUGAAUGACGAUUGGGAGCUUUCUUCUGGUACAGAAAAGGUUGGCAAUGCAAGUUUUAAUCCAUUUACAGAAAUAAGUACUCUGAAGAGUCGGGAAGAGCAAGUACUUCAAGAUUGUCCAGAAAUUGACGAGGAGUUAGGAAGGAAUAUUCUGAGAGAAAUCGUUGUCAAGGGAGAUGAAGUACUUUGGGAUGACAUAGCUGGAUUAGGUUCGGCGAAGGAAUCCUUGAAGGAGGCGGUUGUAUACCCUUUUUUGCGACCAGAUUUAUUUCAGGGUCUUCGAGAGCCAGCUCGUGGUAUGCUUCUUUUCGGUCCUCCAGGAACUGGAAAAACAAUGUUAGCUCGUGCGGUAGCGACAGAAUCAAAAUCUACCUUCUUCUCAAUCUCGGCAUCAAGUCUGACAUCCAAAUUUCUGGGAGAAUCAGAAAAAUUGGUUCGAGCGUUAUUCACAUUAGCGAAAAAACUGUCGCCUAGUAUCAUCUUUGUAGAUGAAAUUGAUUCAUUAUUGUCAGCCAGAAGCGCUGAUGGAAACGAACAUGAGAGCUCAAGACGGAUCAAAACGGAAUUCUUAAUUCAAUGGUCUUCACUUGCAAGAGCUGCUGCUUCCAGAGAGUCGGCCGACCAGCCCAGAGUUCUAGUACUCGCUGCCACGAACUUACCAUGGUCAAUUGACGAGGCUGCUCGUCGUCGAUUCGUUCGUCGGACUUACAUUCCUUUACCUGAUGAUACGGGACGCCGAGUUCAUAUAAAGAAUCUUUUACAACAUCAAAAGCAUUCCUUAACGGAUGAUGACAUAGAAAGUAUUGUUCAACUUACCAAAUAUUACUCUGGGUCUGAUUUGACAGCUCUGGCGAAAGACGCAGCUAUGGGUCCAUUGCGUGCUUUAGGAGAAUCACUGCUAUUUACGAAGAUGGAAUUGAUUCGUCCAAUGAACCUACAAGACUUCCUGCAGAGUCUAAAAGUAAUUAGGCCUAGUGUGAAUUUGGAGGGAUUAGAGCGAUAUGAUCGGUGGAAUACAGAAUUUGGACAACAAGCAUAGUCUGUAUAUAUAUGAACAGAGUUUCAAGAAUCUAAUAAUGCUGGUGUUUCUAUUAAUAUUGAAACUAAUGCUUCCUAUGCCUUAAUUAUUUUCUACUAUAUCACUAAAGCAAAGAUAAAAUUAUGAGCCUAUAUUUAUGAAUGCGAUAACUAGUGCAAAAGAACUAUCUUAUUCUUUUUAUUCGGUAGGUCUGUUGUUGAGUUUAAGGACUUACACUGAUUAUGUACAUUUCUCUAUGGCUUAUAUUUCCUUUUGCUACUAUUGAAAUGGUAUAUUGUUCCUUCAUGUGUCUUCAUCGAUGACGAUGACAGUAUGAAUGCCUGCCAUUGACUCGUUAAUUUUUUCGUAUAACAGACCAGGAAUAACGAAAUUAUUUAUUUAGACUUUUUAAUUUAUUCUAGUAUAUGGAUUCUUCUUUGGGUUGCAAAUGGCUUUCCAUGCAAUUGUGUAUAUCAUAAGAAGGAUGUGUUUUCUUCUAUACUACGAAAAUGAAGCAAUAUUAUAAUAAUGAGUUUAUACAAUACUAUUACUAUUAUUAACACGGUA